AUGACGGCCGGCGCCCUGCUCCUCUGCCAGCUGAGCAACGUCUUCAUCCCGGCGCCCCAGGUGACCGCCCGCACGGAACUGCAGCAGGCGCAGGGCGCCGCAGUGGCCGCGGGCCUGGCCGCUGCCACCUCGCUGCCAGAGCAGGCCUGGGCAGUGCGGGCGGCCAGCGAGGACGACGAGGGCUUCGACCUCCGCAUCGUGGCGGUGCUGGCGUUGCCUUUGGGCGCCGUGGGCUGGGCGCUCUUCAACGUCUGGCGAGUGGCCUUCCGACAAGUCGUCCGCAUCGGGGAGAGCGCCAAGGGCAACGCUCUGUGA